AUGAGGAGAGAGAAGGAAGACGGUGGCCGGCAGAGCUCCGGCACGGCGGCGGUUGCCGUCGACGUAGAAGAGAAAAAUGAAGAUCGUGACAAGUGGGUUGGAGUUGUAUGCAACUACCUCACAUCCCACAUUGAAGAGCUUUACCUCAGUACUAAACAUCCUCCUUGUUGGGAUGUCAAUAAGAAAAUAUAUUUUAGUGAAAAACCAUUACAAGGAACUAUUCCUGAUGUCUGGGGAAAUAUGACCUCAUUGGUUAGGCUUGAUUUAUCGUGUAAUCAACUUGAAGGGCUUAUUCCAACUUCCUUAGGAAAUAUGACUUCUCUAUCUGUACUCGAUCUGUCAUAUAAUCAACUUGAAGGUUCAAUUCCAACUUCUUUGGGAAAUGUGGCUUCUUCUCUUGUUACACUUGAUGUGUCAAAAAAUAAACUUAAAGGAAACCCAUUUGAAAGUCUUAAACCGCUUUAUGAAUUGUCAUACCUUGAUAUUGGUGAUAAUCAUUUUGAAGGAGUUGUCACGGAAGAUCAUCUUUCAAAUCUUACCAGCUUGAAUUGGUUUUAUGCAUCAGGAAACAAUUUCACUCUAAAAGUCCCAACUUNCAAGUGGAAUCCUACUUUUCAACUUACUUAUUUGGACAUGAGCUUCUGGAAAUUAGGUCCCAACUUUCCAUCAUGGAUUCACUCACAAAACAUCCUUNACUACUUAGCAAUGUCUAACACAGGGAUUUCUGAUUCUAUUCCAUCUUGGUUUUGGAAAACAUUUUCUGAUGAAAUUUCUUUUCUGAAUCUUUCUCACAAUUAUAUCCAUGGCAACCUUACAUCAAUGAUUCCAAUAUCUAUGGGUGCUAUUGAUCUGAGUGCAAAUAACUUAUGUGGUCGAUUACCCUCUCUUUCAUUUGGCAGGAAUUAUUUAGAUCUUUCGAGCAAUUCAUUCUCCAACUCCAUGGAGAAUUUUUUAUGCAAUAAUAGUAAUGUUGAUAAAAUGUGGUUUCUCAAUCUUGCAAAUAAUAAUUUGUCAGGAAAAAUACCUGAUUGUUGGUUGUUUUGGCCAAGUUUGGUGUAUAUAAAUUUGCAAAGCAACAACUUUGUCGGUAACUUACCCCCAUCCAUGGCUUACUUGGAAGCAAUGCAGUUCUUACAAAUUCGUAACAAUUCACUNUCAGGAACAUUUCCUACCAGUUUGAUGAAGAAUGACAAAUUGAUACUCUUGGACCUACGAGAAAAUAAACUCUUAGGAACUAUUCCAAAGUGGGUUGGAAAAAAGUUCUUAAAUAUGAGAAUCCUCUGUCUCAGUUCAAACAAUUUUUCUGGUCACAUUCCAAAUGAAAUAUGUGAUAUGAGUCUCGUUCAAGUUUUGGACCUUGCACAAAACAAUUUGUCUGGUAGUAUUCCUACUUGUUUCAGUAACUUUGGUGCCAUGACAUUAAUAAAUAGAAGUACAGAUUCUAUUAUAAAUUAUUCAUCACAUGUGAUAAUUGAUGCUUAUGAUUAUGGUACACUUAGUAUGUCUCUUUUGCUGAAGGGAAGAAUAGAUGAGUACAAAAACAUUCUGGGAUUGGUAACAAGUAUUGAUUUGUCAAAUAACCAAUUGGUUGGAGAAAUACCAAUAGANAUCACAUAUUUAAAUGGUUUGAUAUUUUUGAAUUUGUCCCACAACCAACUAAUUGGUCAUAUUCCAAGAAGCAUUGGUAACAUGGGAUCAUUAAUGUCCAUCGAUUUCUCAAUGAAUAAACUUUCUGGUGAAAUCCCUUCAACCAUUUCAAAUUUGAGCUUUUUGAGUAUGCUAGACUUGUCUUAUAAUCAUUUGAAGGGGAAAAUUCCAACAGGAACUCAAUUGCAAACAUUUGAUGCUUCCAACUUUAUUGGCAACCAUCUAUGUGACCCACCANUGCCCAUCAAUUGCAGCUCCAAUGCNAAANUGGAUCAUUUUCAUAAUAAUGAGAGAGGUAGUGAUAGGCAUGGGAUUACAGAAAACAGCUCUGGUAAUCCAAGUUCUUGGUAUCGGCACAAUGGUUGGCCUUCCACAGACAGCACUGCAGAAGGCCUGAAGACAGCCAUUCUGUUAUCAGAUUUGCCAUUUGAGAUUGUUUACAUGAAUCUAGAAGGAAACAAGUCUCACGUAGUGAACACUGCAUGGGCUAUGUUGGCACUCAUUCAAGCAGGACAGGAAAUCAUGGGAGUGUUCAAUAGGAAUAUUACUAUCAGUUACUCUGCCUAUAGAAACAUAUUUCCAAUAUGA